GAAACCGAAACGAAAAGGUAAUAUAUAAAGUAUCUCUGUUUUCGUUUCAUAUUCCUGUGCCUUUGCUGUUCACAGGAAUCGCAGCAUAUCAAGAGCAUGUUCCCCUAUUUACUUGUGAGCUGGUGCCUGCUGGUGUCUGUGGAAUUGUGUCUGGAUAAUUCCUCUAAGCAAGGAUUUAUGAAUAGUCUGAAUGAAUACUAUGAAGAAAAGGUGCGUCCCUCUAUUGACCUAGUGGAUAAACUCAGGUCACUUGGUGUCGAGAAGGACCUGAAUCUGCCAGCUAUUGCUGUUAUAGGUGAUCAGAGCUCAGGAAAGAGUUCUGUAUUGGAGGCUCUGUCAGGUGUGGCACUGCCCAGAGGAACAGGGAUUGUCACACGAUGUCCUCUUGAACUGAAAUUAAAGAGAGUUUCAAAGAAUGCUGCCUGGCAUGGAUUGUUGUCAUAUAAUGAUCAAAAAAUAAAACUGAAGAAUCCAGCAGAAAUAGAGAAGGCUGUCCUAGAUGCUCAGACAGCAUUGGCUGGACAAGGAAAAGGAAUCAGUCAUGAGAUGAUCACUCUGGAAAUCAAGUCCAGUGAUGUUCCUGAUCUUACUCUCAUUGACCUGCCAGGAAUUGCUAGGGUUGCCACUGGUAACCAGCCUAGUGAUAUUGGGAUACAAAUAAAAAAUCUAAUUGAAAAGUACAUUAAACGACAAGAGACCAUCAGCUUGGUCGUUAUACCAGCAAACAUUGAUAUUGCCACCACUGAAGCACUAAAUAUGGCAUCCAAUGUAGAUCCAGAUGGGAACAGGACACUGGGGAUUUUGACUAAACCAGACUUGGUGGAUAAAGGCAUGGAGGAGACAGUUGUCAAAACCGUCAACAAUCUUGAGAUACCACUGAAAAAGGGCUAUAUGAUUGUAAAGUGCCGUGGCCAGCAAGACAUCAAUGAGAAUCUUACUCUGGUUGAUGCUUUGGAAAAAGAAAGAGAGUUUUUCAAUGAACAUUCUCAUUUUAGGCCUCUUCUUGAGGAAGGUAAAGCUACAGUACCUCUUCUUGCAGAACGGCUCACUAAAGAAUUGGUUAUACACAUUAUUAAUUUACUGCCACAGUUACAAACCCAACUUAAUGAGAAAUUAACAAAGACCACCAAGGAACUUAAAGUACUGGGAGAUGAAGUUCCUUUUGAUCAAGAUGAGAGGAAUGAUCUCCUGACUAUGAAAAUUCGUCAGUUUUAUGAUGUACUUGAAAAAGUAAAAGGGGCAGAAGAAGAUCUUAAAGACUCAGAUAUAAGGGUCUUUUCCAAAAUCAGAACUGAAUUUGGUGAAUGGAACGACCUCUUGGAUAAGACUGCGGAGCAAAUCCUCACAUCAGAUCAGAUUGAAGUCUACAUUAAAACUUACAGAGGAAAAGAGCUUCCUGCAUUUAUUAACUACAAAACAUUUGAAAGCAUUAUCAAGAAACACUUUGAGGAGCUAGAGGAACCUGCUUUAAAUAUCCUAAAAGAUGUCAAAGAUAUUGUUCACAGUGGUUUGAACACUAUUGCUAGCCAUCACUUUAAGGGGUUCCCUGACCUCCUGAGGGCUGCUAAAGAUCCCAUUGAAGAAAUUCUUGAAAACGAGUUUAAGAAUGCAGAGGAGAAAGUGAAAUCUCAGUUUAGAAUGGAGAAGAUUGUCUACUCUCAAGAUCCUCUCUACAAACGAAAGGUAGAUGAGGUAAAACUGGAAGUGCAGAGAGGCUAUUUGGGUACGAAAUAUGCAUCGAGCUUCAGUGCUGAUGCACUCGAGAUUGGGAAGCAUCUUAAAGCCUAUUUAAUGAUCACAUUUGACCGUCUGGCAAACCAAGUGCCACUGAUAAUCCAGUACCACAUGCUGGAGCAGUACAUAUUUCAUCUUCAAAAUGAAAUGCUUGCCAUGAUCAAAAGGAACAAUGCAGAAGAUCUGCUCAGAGAAGAUUCUGGUGUUGCUCGUAAAAGAAAAGAGUUGAAAGAUCGUUUGGAGCGCCUGAAGGAUGCUAGCAAACAAAUUACAACGUUUGUAAAUGCUCCAUAUUUGGCAAAGUAAUUUUGAUACACCGUAAUGCGAUAAGCUCAUUUGCAGGAUGUCCACAGAAGUUUCAUUAGACUGCUCUGUGCAUAUUUGUUUAUGUUUCCAUGCUGCUGUUUCUGUUAAGGUGCUUUAUUAUUAAAAAGGUCAGCUUGUAUUAUUUGAAAAUACUAAGCUGUGUUAGUUGCUGUUUUAAUAAAAAAAAAAAUAAA